CGGGUGCCGAAGUUGCGCUUUUGCGCGGCGGCGGCGGCGGGCGAUUGAGACAUCCUCAUUAGAGGCUGGGAGCAGGGAGAUCGAUCUGGCCCUGGCAGGUCUGUGUGCGUCUGGAGAGCAAGGGGGAGAGAGAGAGACUUUUGCAGAGAGGGGAAGGCGUGACCAGCAUGGAGAAUGCCAAAGGACCUCAGAGAGAGAGAGAGAGGCAUUCUCUCCCUCGCUCUGUCUUUCACACACAAAUCUCUGAGCAAAGAUAAGCCUGGCAGCUGAAGCGCAAAGGGGAAAAAAAACACCACCCCACGGUGUCAACAAACCAAACCGCCUCUCCAAAAAGGGAUCAAAAGUAAUCAGGACCAGCAGGAGAUCGCAGGAAAAAUGAGGUACUUGCUGGUCUGGUCCCUUUGUGCCUUCCACCUCAUCAAAGCAGACACCAUUGAACUGACCGACAUGUUUGGGGAGAUCCAGUCCCCAAAUUAUCCAGACUCCUAUCCCAGCGAUUCGGAAGUGACUUGGAACAUAUCGGUGCCGGACGGCUUUCGGGUCAAGCUCUACUUCAUGCAUUUUGAUCUCGAAUCGUCCUACCUUUGUGAAUAUGACUUUGUGAAGGUGGAGUCUGAGGACCAAGUCCUGGCAAAUUUCUGCGGGAGGGAGGCCACAGACACAGAACAGACCCCAGGACAGCAGGCCAUUGUCUCCCCGAGUUCUUUCAUGAGCCUCAGUUUCCGAUCGGACUUCUCCAACGAGGAACGUUUCACAGGGUUUGACGCCCAUUACACAGCCGUGGAUAUCGAUGAGUGUCUGGAGAAGAGCGACGAAGAGCUGGCCUGUGACCACCACUGCCACAACUAUAUUGGCGGUUACUACUGCUCCUGCCGGUUUGGCUACAUCCUCCACUCUGACAACAGGACUUGCAAAGUGGAGUGCAGCGACAACCUCUUCACUCAGAGGAAUGGGGUGAUCAACAGCCCAGACUUCCCCAAUUCCUACCCCAAGAGCUCCGAUUGCUUGUACCGCAUUGAGCUGGAAGAGGGCUUCUUCAUUACACUGGAAUUCAACGACAACUUUGACAUUGAAGACCAUCCGGAGGUCACCUGCCCGUAUGACUACGUCAAGAUCAAAGCCGGGCAUCAGGAGUUUGGGCCUUUUUGUGGAGAGAAAUCGCCAGGACGCAUCGAAACGAGGAGCAACAGCAUUCAAAUAUUGUUCCACAGUGACAACUCUGGAGAGAAUGGAGGCUGGAAGCUGUCCUACACAGCAAUAGGGGACCCCUGCCCACUUGUGGAGCCUCCUCCCCACGGCAGGAUCGAGCCCUCCCAGGCCACGUACACCUUCAAGGAUCAGGUGGUCGUCAGCUGCAACACCGGAUACAACAUCCUAAAGGAUGGCGUGGAGAGCGAGACGUUCCAGAUCGAGUGCAUGAAGGAUGGCUUGUGGAGCAACCAGGUCCCCGUCUGCCAAAUUGCAGACUGCAAGGCGCCACGAGAGCUGGACCACGGCUUUGUCACCUUCUCUACACGAGACAACCUGACUACGUACCAGUCGGCGAUCCAGUAUUCCUGCCAGCAACCGUACUACGAGAUAAUCCCCAACGUCACAGGUACCUACACCUGUGAUGCCAGAGGGCUAUGGAGAAGCGCAGAGCUGGGAACACGCCUGCCGUCUUGCCAACCAGUCUGUGGGCAGCCGACACGGUCACUGCCCACCCUGAUCAAGCGCAUCAUCGGCGGGCGCAACGCAGAGCCCGGUUUCUUCCCUUGGCAAGCCCUGAUUGUGGUGGAGGACACGUCCCGAGUGCCUAAUGACAGGUGGUUUGGCAGUGGGGCCCUGCUCUCCGAAUCGUGGGUGCUGACCGCCGCCCAUGUCCUCCGCUCCCAGCGCCGGGACAACACCAUCAUCCCCGUCUCCAAAGAGCACGUCACCAUCUACCUGGGCCUUCACGACGUGAGGAACAAGGUGGAUGCCGUCAACCGGACGGUGGAGAAGAUCGUCCUCCAUGAGGACUUUGACAUCCAGAACUACAACCACGACAUUGCCUUGGUGAAGCUGAAGGAGAAGGUGACGCUAGGACCCCACGUCAUGCCCAUCUGCCUCCCGCAGUACGAACACGAGUUGGAAGGACCUCAGCCCAACACGUUGGGCCUGGUGGCCGGCUGGGGCAUCUCCAACCCCAACAUCACCGUGGAUGAGGUCAUCAGCUCCGGCAUGAGGACCCUCUCUGACGUCCUCCAGUAUGUCAAGCUCCCGGUGGUCCUUCAUGCCGAGUGCAAGAUGAGCUACGAAUCUCGGUCGGGGAACUACAGCGUCACCGAGAACAUGUUCUGUGCCGGCUACUAUGAAGGCGGGAAAGACACUUGCCUUGGAGACAGCGGGGGAGCCUUCGUCAUCCAAGACCCCGAGAGCCGGAGAUGGGUGGCCCAAGGACUGGUCUCGUGGGGAGGCCCCGAAGAGUGCGGGAGCAAGCAAGUGUACGGGGUCUACACCAAGGUCUCCAACUACGUGGGCUGGCUGCAGGAGAAGACCAGGUGGACAUUCGGGGGGGUCGAGAGGAACAGAUGAACCUUUUGAGAGCCUUUAUGGGCCGUCAGUUGUUGUUUCACACACACACAAACACACACACACACAGAGAAUAAGUAUGUACAAUUGUUAUUAAUUGGAAGGAAGUGGGGACCAUUCCUCGAAGCAGCGCUCCUGUCCAACAAAUACCACAUUUUCCAAGAAAAGGAACUCAACAUGUCCAAAAGGGAACCAAUUCCAAAUCACUGUUUGAUUCCCAAAAAAAACAGUCGCCCGAUGUCAAUGUCUGGCGAUUGACAGGUAGGCAAACUCAUCAAUGAGACAAACUUUGCCCCGCAGGGGGCACAGGGGAUAAUAAUCUGGCCUAUCCCUGAGCAUUGGACAUAAAUGAGCUCCUCACCCACCCAGGUAUGUCUCCUUUCCCACCCUGCAAAAUGCACAGUUUCCCCCACUUCCAGUUUAACAUGAAAGCGUGAAAUUAAAAGCCCAGGAAGUCACCUUUUAAAUGCAACGUCUAAGUAGUCGACUUUGGCCAGUAUGUUGCUUAAUUGUGUGGCUCAGAGAAAGAGAAGCCCCCUCUGGUGGUCACUUUCUGUAUUUCUUUCUUUCUUUAUCGAGAAUCCCUCCCCUUGAAUGUUUAAAACAUUGAAUUGCAGAGUUCAUGUCUUUCAAAUCUGUCCCCAAACUCCAGCUCUGGGAUAGGGAUGGGUUUUCUGUAUCCACAAAGUCAGGCUUCACAGUCAGGCAUCCUCUGAAACGUUGCAGAUUUCUUCCGAAAUCCAAGGCUCGCAAAAUUCGGUCUGGAAUGUUUGAAAGCGAUUUGUGGGGAUUUGGCGAAUUCCGUAUUCCGUAUCGCUCGUUUCUGCAUCACUUCCUUGAAUUCUGGAUUCAAUGUCAUGUUGUUGCUGCCUCCCCCACCCUGCCCCACCCCUUGUCCCCAAGAGAAAUAUAUUUCGACAUCUUGGGAUCAGAAGGAGACAUUUGCGUUUGUCCCUUUUGGGGGGGGUCAGCUCUUGCUUAAUGCUCAAAGCCAGCCUCAAGCAACCUGUUGCCUCUCCAGAUAUUCUGGGCCGCAACAGCCGUGCUAGAAGAAGCUGAUGGGAGUCAUAGUCCAAAACAUCCCGAGGGCGCCGGGUUGGCAAAGGCUUUCCUUAGCCUUCAAUCCAGGUGAGCAUCUUUAACGAAAGGAGGGGAUCUUGCUUGUGUGCAUGCUAGCAGGAGGCGGCUGCAAUGCUUUAAUUCGGAACUGCAAAUUUGAAUAUGUUCAAAAGCUUCCCAAUCACUCCAAUGAAAGAUGGUGCCCAGCCCUGUUCUGGAUCACUAGGGGUUUCUCAGCAUUGCAAGGUCAAAGGUCUUUUCCUAAUUUGAAAACACUCCUCGGACUGAUAAACUUUGUUUCAGUACAAAGAACCAGGCCAAACUACUCAAUCUUCCCUCGGGAACUUACCUGAGUGGUGGCACUGCAUUGAAGGCUGCGUAUGUAGCUUACGUGUCAAGCACAUUUGUAGAGCAAAGAAGGAACGUUGGGAAUCAUAGUUUGCCCCUCACAAAGCUACAAUUCCCAGCACCCUUAGCAAACUACAGUUCAUGGGGUCAUUGGGGGGAGUGCUUUGAACGCAAGUUUUGUGAAGGGUUUACAUGACGUUACCCUCAUCAAAAACACACCGUUUAAUCCAGAUAUCUCAUUUCCAUGGUGUGUUUUACUCCCGGAUAGGGAAGUUUUUAAUGUUUGAUGUUUUAUUAUGCUUUUAUAUUUGUUGGAAGCUGCCCAGAGUGCCUGGGGCAACCCAGUCAGAUGGGCGGGGUACUAUUAUUAUUAUUAUUAUUAUUAUUAUUAUUAUUAUUAUUAUUAUUUCUGUGUACAUUGUAAAUCCAGAUUAAAGGGGCAAUAAUAUGGGGUGGCAUUUCGAAUAGGACGAUGUCAUGUGGAUGCUGCAAAAAUCUUGGAUAUGUGAGUUUCACUAAGUCCUCCUGUGUGGAAGCAAUGAGGAAACACUGAAAAAAAUAAUCCAAAGAAACAUGUUUUAUGUUACUAUAAUACAUGCUUAGAAAAAUAUUAUUGGCUCUGUUACAUAUUUAAGAGAUGUUAUGCUGUUUGCUAUGGGUUUUGUAUUCUGUUUUGUAGCAUUUUUACUAUUUUGUAUUGCAAUCCUUAGCAGGAAAGAGAAUAAAAUUAUUGUACUACAUACCAA